AUGAAAGACCGUACUAACUUCCAAGACUUCAAAAUCCUCCACAGCACAUCAAUUGAAAUUAUAGCUCGUGGACCGAGGCGUAAAGUCGGAAGUGGCUUUAUUGGAGUUAGAAAUUUACAGAAAGAUUGUCGAAUGCGAGGAAAAAAGGGUGAUGUUCGCAUUAGAGAUUGUGACGAACGUGGCAACUUUGUGGUUGUUGAGAACGCCGGUUACAGCGAUCAACGUCUGGCUGGUUUCCGUCUUUCUAGGAUUGUGGGUGGCCAAGAGCAAUCCUACACAUUCCCUUCCACAUUUGUGUUGGGCCCUGGACAAACUGUUCAGGUAUUAGUCCGCGGUCACGCUCCUGACAGUAUCUACACUCACUAUCUUGUUUUUGAUGACAUCACCUGGCGAACAAAUGGCACCUUCGUAACUCGCCUAUUUAACACACAAGGCAUCGAAGUGUCUAGUCUUGAAGUACGGAAGUAG